CCCUCCCCCCAUUCAACCACUGGCUUUAAUGUUGCUGUGUGUUUACUACAGUAUUUAGUAUAAGGGGCUAUUCGCCUUUUACAUGCUGUGAACUCUCAAUAACACAACCGAGGCUUUUAGGUUUAUUUUAAAGAAGCCAUUCAGGAAUCCAACAUGCCCAAACGAAAGCAACAGGGAGCUGAGGGGGAUGCCAAGGAGGAGCCGCAGAGGCGAUCUGCACGGUUAUCGGCAAAACCGGCACCACCCAAGCCUGAACCAAAACCUAAAAAGCCAGCAAAGAAAGAGAAGGCAGUGAACGAUAAGAAGGAGGAGAAGAAGGCCAAGGGCAAAAAGGGGAAGGCAGAGGGAGAGGCUAACGAGGAGAACCACUCUGAAAACGGAGAGGCCAAGACUAACGAGGUGGAGAAGACUCCUGAAGAAACUGAGAAGGAGGAAGCAAAAUCUGAGUAGCUACACUGCCGCCUCCCAGCCCCCACUCCCUCAACCCCUGAAAUACCCCCAAAUCUCUUACGCGUUUGCCCUAAACCUCCAUGGCAUAUUGUUAACAGAGGAAUAUUUUUAUCAACAAUUUUAUAAAUAUCGGUACAGGUUUUUAGCACAAAAUAAAGCUAAAUACGGAAGACCACUGCACGUGUGCACUGGUCAUAUUAAGUGUCUCCGAGAAAGAUCAACACAAUAAAAAUAAAAAAAAAAAAACUUUUUUAAAUGGCAUUUCUUGAUUGUUCAUAGCUUGUUCGAUGUAGGAAGUGCGCACCAGCUGGUAGGGGUGAUUUGUGAGCUAUAUAAUUCCCAACCUUUUCCCACAAACCAUUUCACUUUUGUGAGUGGUUUAUUUUUUUAUCUUCUAAAUGUGCAGUGAGAGUCUUUCUGUUUGUUCUUUUUUAUUUGGGGGUUUUUAUUUUUACUUUCACUUUAAAAAUGUAUUGUCCAUAUGAAAGAGGAAUAGGAACAUCUGAAAACAUUCCAGGCAGAGUUAUAAUGUGGGCUAACUUGUUUUUUAAACAACCAUGUUAAAAAUUAUUUUAAUAAGACAAAAUAUAAAUUGCAAAAAGCUACUUAUAGGAGGUAACACUGUUAAUACAGGAUUUUUUUUAAACAACAAAUGAGUUUUUUAAAACACAGAAAUUCAAACAAAUUCGAAAUAUGCAGGCGUCUCUGUACCCACUCUAAGUUCUGGAUGUCUCUUAAUAAAAGUUAUCCUUGGAA